AUGUCCGCCCUCACGCUCACCGACGUUCCGGGGGAGGUCCUGCAGACGAUGGUCCGCCGCGGUUACCUCCCACCUUCGUCGAUCCUCGCCCUCGCGCUCACCACCCGCUCUCUCCGCUGGCUGGUCGCCGACAACACAAACACCGGCGGGUCUAACGACCCCCUCUACGCCCUCGCCGCUCGUUCGCUCACCGCAUGCACCCCCACAGUCAUCCCCACGCUUCCGCCGGACGUCGUCGACGCCGCUGCCCUCGUCGCGUUUAAGAACAGGUGGAUUGUCGCCGCACGCCGGACGAUCCCUCGCGCGAUCUCGCUCCUCACGUCCUCGUGCGGACACGACGCUUUGGGCGCCAUCCGCCAACACGCUCCGGACGCCUUUGCUGCCCUCGCCGAGCUUUACGUGCCCGACUUUGCUGCGGGUACGCUCACGGACGGCUGCACGGACGACUACCUCAUCUCUCUGGUGACCAUCGAGCUUGCCGAAGGCGUUGGAGGGCGGCUCGCCGAGCUGCGCACCAUCGAAGGAGGUGAGCCACCCAUCAUCGAGUUUGCCGACGACGCCAACCUGGCCGCCCCGAUCCGCGAUCUCGUCCGCCGCCUUCACGCCACACGCACGAUUGAGCUGCGGAUCGUCCCUGCCGGGCUGGUGCGGCGCGGACGGCGCAAGGCGGACGACGAGUCCGAGGACUGGCAUCCUUCCGCGCCCGACAACCCUGCCGACAACACUGCUGACACGCCCACCGACCAGCUCGCCCACCUCUCCGACCCGUCGGCACUUUCCUCCAUCUCGCUCGACUUUCUUCCGGACAUCAUCACGUCGGCUCCACUCGACACCGUCCUUGCCGUCCUUGACCUCGGCCUUGACGACCACCUUGCAAACAACGCUGAGGCGUGCGAGCUUGCGUUGUGGUCGGCCCUCGCUAUCCUCGACCCCGACUCUCUCCUCGACGCCGCCGUCUUUGCUGCUGUGGCCGAGCGUCUCACCCCGCUCACGCCAGCCUGGUCGACCGCGUUUGUCACCGCCGACCCGCCGUUCCCGUCCUCGCUCCUCCGCUCGGUCGACCUCGCCGACCCGGCCGUCGCUGACGCCGUCUUCGCAACCAUCAUGGACGACGAUCGCUCGCACGUUGCGACCGGCUUUGGCAGAGGUCAGCGUACCGGCUUUGGCGGAGGCCAGCGUACCGGCUUUGGCGGCUUUGGCGGAGGCCAGCGUACCGGCUUUGGCGGAGGCCAGCUUACGCUCAUGCGCAUCAUCCCGCACGUCUCGCUGCGCGCCGCACAGGCUGCCUUUGAUGGCCUCAUCGUGCGCUCACGCGCAACCUUGCCCAGAACCGCGUGGCUGGUCAGCCUCCUCCUCGAACUCCGCCGCGACAUUGUUGUCGCCACGGAGCAUGUCCCGGCAGCUGUCCAGGCGGCCACUUCCUUUGGCCAAGCCGCCGCGUUGCAGCGCCUGCUGGCCCGCACCGACGGGGUCACCCCCGACAUGGUGGUCACCGUGCUCCUGGACGCCAUCACUGCCGACUCGGUGGCACUCAUCGACGCAGUGCUUGCGAGUGGCGUCGACGUCGCAGCUGCGGUGGCGUCGACCGCGGGCAGCGAGCGCGCGAUGCUGCGGAUGGGCAUGGCGAUGGUCCGGUCGCUGAACAACGGCCAGCCCCGUACGUCGUUUGCCGUCGCUCCGCACCUCGUCGGCCUCCCUGGCUUCCUCGACGUCUACCGCCCCGUGUACGUCUCGUUCCUCCAAGCUGCGGUCAGCGCUGGCGGCGCAAACGUCGGCCUCGCUCUUACCACCGCCUCGGCCGCAGGCUUUUCUCCCGCCGAGCUCGCCAAAAUCCUCUCCCCGCCCCUGCCAGAGCAUGUCGUUCCCGAGCGCCUGUCAGCGUGGCAGAUGAACAGGGUUGUCGCUGCUGUCGAGGCAGGACCUGCGGCGUGUGCUGACGAGCUGGUGUUGGCGGCACAGCGUUCCAUGUGGACGACUGCAGUGGCUCUGCGCGAUGCUGCCGCCACACUCUCGGUCGAGCAGGUGGUUGACAUCGCGUUUGCUGCCGUCUUCUCCCUCAUCACCGGGUACUGCGUCGCCGACAUUAGCCUCAACGAAGCCGUGGCUCUUGUCUCGCUCUUGCGUGGGCGAGAAGCCGAGGUCAUUGCCACCUGCUCUGCGCUCGCGGUUGCCGCGGCGGCCGACUCGGAAGGGGAAGAGCACGACGGCAGCCGGUGUCGCGACCCGUGGGCCCGACUCGACAAGCAGCGGCAAGGCGGGCUGGCGUCGCUGUUUUUCAAGGUCAUUGCGUCGAACGUGGAUGUUGUCUCUGCGCACGUCACAGAGUAA